CAAGAAAGUAAUAAACUUUUCUUCAAAUAUUUCUUCUUCUUUUUCGAUUUCUAUCAUGGUAUCAAAGCUAAGUUCCUGGUUCUUCUUUUAUCAUUGCUUGGUUAUUAAGUUGGAUUUUCAGAUCUAUUCCAGAUCUGAAACUUUGUCGUUGGGUUCUCUUCUCUUGCAGAUUGAAUUGUUUAUUCUCAAUUCUCACGCCUUUUUUUGAGAUACAUUUGAUGAGCUCCAUGAUGCCUUUCCCACAUGCUCCACCUAAUUCUAUCGAAGAUGUUCUGCCUGCUGGUAAUGUGUUAGACAAUGUUGAGUUUUCUUUUCUUACCUCUUUCGUAUCACAUAUUGGAUCUAACCCUGUUGAUCUUGAACCUGAAAAUGAGAUCCUUAAUCCACCUUCAAGUCAUCCUACUCGGAUCAAAACUUGGUCUGAUGAUUCCGUGGAGUGUUACAAGGCUUGUUUGGUUGCUAAAGGAUUUACUAAGGAAUAUGAGAUUGAUUAUAAGGAAACCUUUGCACCUGUUGCUCGUCCUACUUCAGUUCGUAAUUUGAUUACUAUUGCUGCUGCAAAAAAGAUGGAAAUUGUUUCAGAUGGAUGUGAAAAAUGCCUUUCUAAAUGUCCUCAUGAUACUGCACUGUUCAUACGCAAGACUGAUCAUGGUAUGGCUAUACUCCUUCUUUAUGUUGAUGAUAUGAUCAUUAUUGGGGAUGAUAUUUUAGACCUUGAGGUCACCUCUUCUGAUGAUGGUUAUCUUGUCUCUCACACAAAAUAUGCUUUUGAUCUUCUAUCUAAAGUUGGACUCAUUGACAGUAAAACUGCAUCUACUCCUCUUGAACCCAAUGUUCGACUUACAUCCAUGGAUGAUUCUCCAUUAACUGAUCCUACUCGCUAUCGAUAGUUGGUUGGAAAUUUGAUUUAUCUCACUACAACACGACCAGACAUAGCUUAUGUAGUUCAUGUUGUUAGUCAAUUUAUGGUUACACCUCGCUCCACUCACUAUGCAACAGUACUUUGCAUUAUUCGAUAUAUUAAAGGUACCAUGUUUCA